CUCUUCUCGAUCAGGCGAAAUUAAUUAAGUAAACGGAAUAAAAAGAGAAACAUAGAGGCCGUAGAUAUCAGAAGAGAGCUGAUCGCCGUCUUCUCCGUAUAUGGCUUCGAGCGACAAGACACCAACUUCUGCUUUGCCGAUGGGCCGCGACCCAAGGCCGCCUGGGCAGCCGAUGACGGUGGAGCAGCACAUGAUAGACAAGGGAGCUCAAAUACUACUCCUGAAGCCGGUGAAGCAGAUGAACCAGCACGCCUGCACCUUCGCCUUGUAUAGCCACGACAUGACCCGCCAGAUCGAGACCCACCACUACAUCACCCGCCUCAACGAGGACUUCCUCCAGUGUGCCGUUUACGAUACCGAUCACGCCCAUGGUCGUCUCAUAGGUAUUGAAUAUAUGAUAUCGGAGAGGAUAUUUGAAGCUCUGCCUCCUGAUGAGCAAAAGCUGUGGCACUCCCAUGCUUAUGAGAUCAAGUCAGGCCUCUGGGUCAAUCCACGAGUUCCUGGAAUACUUGAAAAGCCAGAACUCGAAAAACUGGUGAAAACAUACGGCAAGUUCUGGUGCACAUGGCAGGUUGAUAGAGGUGACAAGCUCCCACUGGGUGCGCCGGCCUUGAUGACGUCUCCACAACCGGUGAACCUAGGCCAGGUCUCGCCAGACCUGAUCCGUAUGAGGGAUAAUAAGUACAACAUAUCGACCGAGGCUCUGAGGAAAUCUAGAGUGGAGCUCCCGGAGCCGGAGCUAAUAAAUUCGCAGGCAGACUACUGGAAACAUCAUGGGAAAGGUUUUGCCAUCGACAUAAAGGUCACUGAUGUGAAAUUAAGGGCACCGUUUCCCUGAACGUACGUCCUACGUUAUGUAUAUGAAGAUAGAUAAUGGAAGGAAUGUAUGUAUUUCUCUUUAGGUGCAUGGAGUAAUUAUAUGGUUGUGUUUAGUAUAUAUAUAUAUAUAUAUAUAAGCCAUGAGAGCAUGUCUCAGGCGUACUGCAUGGGGUAUAUGGACUACCGGAGCUAGUAGCAUUUGGAUUGUAAGAGCGUGGCUUCAAAUAUAUAUGCACAGAUGUUAAGUUGAA